UUCGCCUGGACGACAAGCGCCUUCAACGCGCCAUUCAAGUGUUUAACGAUGAGAUGUGUUCGUACUCCACCCUCGACUUCAUUGAAAUGUACAAGAACAUGCAGCCACUCUUUGACGCCCCACAUGGCAACCUCGCUACCUUUUACAUGGAUGUGCCCGCGUCGUUUGAUGCCAUGAUGGAACUUUUAAACUUUCAGUUUCACGGCAUCCACGAGGAAGUGUCGGCUUUUGUCAACAACUUGUACAGCCUGGUCGAGAAGGCGAUCCCGAAAAAAAAUUGCAUGGAAAUCCUGUCCCCUCCGAGUGCAGGCAAAAACUUUUUUUUCGAUCCUGUUCUUUCAUUUUACAUUAACCGCGGUACCAUUCGCAACUUUAACCGCUACACUAGCUUUCCACUACAGGACACCGUGGGCCGUCGCAUCCUGGUAUGGAACGAGCCAAACUGUGAGUCAUCCGCUUUCGAUACUGUCAAAAAAAUUUUUGGUGGUGAUGUAGACUCCGUGGCUAUCAAGUAUACUGCUGACCAGACCAUUUCCAGGACACCCGUCAUUGUGCUCUCAAACGACGAGGUGUUUCCUGAUGACGAGGCCUUCAACCGCCGCAUGUGGCGCUACAAGUGGCGGGCGUGUCCUCCACUGAAGAAAUACGACAAGAAAAUUCACCCGAUGGCCCUGGUGCUCCUUUUUGAUACGUUUGUCAUGAAAGAAACAUACGUCGGCACGCGUCAGCUUGAUCAAUAAACAGUUUUUCAACCUA